UAAAAUCAUAAAAUAAUUUUUAUCCACUUGCGACUUAAAUAUUUCCGAAAAAUAAUAUACUUUUUUAAUAAAACUUGUUUUCCAACAAAAAUACAAAAUAUAAAUCAAUAUCAUAAUUGUUUAUAAUUAUUUUUUAUAAAAAUAUAACAUUAUCACUAAGUUUUAUUAUAUAAUAUUUUUGAUAUUUGAAUAACAUCACUAUUUAUUCUAAAAAUCAUUAAAAACAAUUUAAAAGGACCUUGAAAUUAUUGAUAAAACAUAAGCUUAGAUAAUACAAAAAACAUCUAUGAAAAAUUUAAACAAAGAUAAGUAAAGAUAUAAUUUAAUAUCUUAGAAAAGCUUACUCUGCAAUACAUUUUGACAAACAAAUAGAAGAAAAAUCUUUAAAUACUAAAAAAUUUCGCGAAAAUUUCAAAAAAAGGACUGGAUAUCCUACACAUUUUCUUGCACUCCCACUAAGAUCAAAAUCUCUUGAAAAAUCAAUAGCAGAAAUAAAAAAGUUACUCAUUAAUGAAGUACCAUUAUCAAUAUUCAGAGACUAUUUACUUGCACAUUUGACAAUUUGUACUCUUCGACUUCCCUCAGAUAAAGAAAUAGAAAGCUCUCUUUCUCUUUUAUAUUCAUUAAAAGAUGAAGUAUCAAAGUUUUCAAAUAAUAAGAAAAUUCACAUACGAUUCAGAGGAUUAGGUACAUUUCCCGAGGAGCCUACAAAUUGCAGAGUGGUAUAUUUAAAACCUAGCCUUAAAGAAUCAUCUCCAGCACUUUUUCCUCUCUGUGAAUUUCUUAUGAAAAAAUUUGUUGAUGCAAAAUUUAGUGACUCUAAUCUUUUAGUGCUUCAUUCAACAAUUUUAAAUACUCGCUAUGAGAAAAGUUAUGCAAAAGAAAAAAAAUCAAUUAAUGCAUCAUUUCUUAUGGAAAAAUUUCCUUCCCAUUUUCUUUUUGGAGACGUUACAGUUGAUAAAAUAUGUAUUUUUAAAAUGGGUGCACGUAAGACACAAAAUGGACUAAUAUAUGAAAGUAUCGGCGAAGUAAAUAUGUUAUAGAUAUAGCAUAUAAUAUGAUUCUACAUCAUUCAUCAUACUAGAAAUAGGCACGAAGCUUCCAAAUCCAAAAAAUUGCAUUUACAGUAUUUAUUUCCAAUGGAAUAGCGGUACUUUUUUCAAACACAAGAGUCUUCACCCAUUCAUUCUCAUUAUUGUCAGGAUCAAAUAAUAUAGAAACAUUAAUAACUGGCACUUUAAACUCUUGAUUACAUAUAUUUUCUAAAUACCAAAUUCUGUCAUCAUCAAAUUUGUGUAUAAUACAUCCAAUUUUUUUU